UUGACGUGUAUUUUGUUGGCAGACUGAAAAACUCCUAUUUAGCGUCAUCCAGUUGUCAAAACCGGACAUCAUCAUACCGCAACUUGAACAAAUUUACCGACAUUUUGUGAAAUUUAGGCGGUAGGUAACUUCGCAACGUCGUGUGACGAUGGCCGGAGAGAUUUCUAUGAUUGGUUCUGUCAUCCUGGCCCUGUUUCUCGCCGGUUAUCUGGGUCAGCAGUACCUGCCGCCGCCCAAACCCAAAGUUAUCGGCCUGGACUUGGGCACCACCUUCUGCUCCGUCGGCGUCUUCCACCCGGGCAGCGGGGAGGUGGAGGUGAUAGCGGAUGAAGAAGGGAGGAAGAGCAUCCCCAGCGCCGUCUCCUUCACCACCACCGCGGUGCUGUCCGGGCAUGAAGCCGUGGAUCUGGCCGACAGCAACCCUCAAAACACCGUGUACGACGCCAAGAGGUUCAUUGGGAAGAUAUUUGAGCCAAAUGUUCUGGAGCAGGAGAGUGCCAGAUACCCGUUUAAGGUGAUAAACAACAACGGAAGUGCAGAGUUUGUCAUCUCCACCAACCGUACCUUCACUGUCAGUCCGGAGUUCAUCGGCUCCAGGCUGCUGCUGAAGAUGAGGAAGAUGGCAGAGCGACAGCUGGGUGUACCCAUCCAGAAGGCCGUCAUCUCGGUGCCCGCUGAAUUUGACGAGAGGCAGAGGAACUACACUGUCAGGGCGGCCAACCUGGCUGGCUUGGAGAUCCUGCGUGUGAUCAACGAGCCCACGGCUGCGGCCAUGGCCUACGGGCUGCACAAGGUGGACGUGUUUAAUGUGCUGGUGGUGGAUCUCGGUGGAGGGACCUUGGAUGUGUCUCUGCUCAACAAACAGGGAGGCAUGUUCCUCACCAGGGCAAUGGCAGGAAAUAACAAAUUGGGAGGUCAAGACUUCAGCCAGAGGCUCCUCCAGUACACCACAGAGCGAGUUCGUCAGGAGUUCGGUGUCCCACCCACCCUCAAGGAGGACAUCCACCGUCUCCGACAGGCUGUAGAAGCCGCUAAGCUCAACCUCACCCUCCAGCCCAGCGCCACAAUCAGGGUCCCGCUGCACCUUCACACCCACGAUGGCUCCGAGUCCUCCGAAGGCUCUGCUCCCUCCCGGGUCCUCUUCCAUGCUGAAAUCACUCGCGAGCUCUUUGAGGAGCUCAACGAGGACCUUUUCCAGAAGAUUCUGGCCCCUGUUGAAACUGUGUUAGCCGAAGGCCACCUGGAGAAACAGGAUGUGGAUGAGAUCGUCCUGGUCGGAGGGUCCACCAGGAUACCACGCAUCAGGAAGCUGAUUAGCGAGUACUUUGGGAAGGAGCCCAACACGUCGGUAGACCCCGACCUGGCUGUGGUUACAGGCGUGGCCAUUCAGGCCGGCAUCAUGGGAGGCUCUUGGCCUUUACAAGUGAGCGCCAUAGAAAUCCCCAACAGACACCUGCGCAAGACGAACUUUAGCUAAUCUUUAAUCAACAGUAUUAAUGAGGAUGGAAUGAACGCCACAGAGGCUUGCCACUGAUUCCUGUUUCCUGCUUCUCUGGUGUGCUUUAUUUAACAUCUGCUGCUGGGAGAAACAUGCACAACACAAAGCGCUGGUUGACUUGCUGGCUGUUCAGAUCAUAUUAUGCUUCCUCCUUGAUUGUGAAAGGAGGCGGUGACAGAAACAAAUAGUUGACCACACAUUGAAACAUUCCUCUGCAGAAGUCGACAGUCCUGUUUUACAUCUUUAAAGUCACAGCUGCUUCUGUUGUGCACCGAGUUCCAGCAGAAAUAACACAGUAACACACUGACCACAUGUGGCUGAGGAGCCGGUGAUGCUCAGUUAAGGCGGAUACUUCAAUGUUGUUCAGUUCAGGGAACAACCACUCGUUUAAAAGACUUAUCUAGCCAGUAUGUCUUCAGCUAUUUAUUUAUUUAUUCAUGUUAAUUGAAUGAGUGUGUGUGUGUGUGCAGGUGUUUCGCAGGCCUAUAAACUUUCCAUUACAGUGCGCUUGUGCCUUUUCAAAAGCUGCUAUGUUGUUGUGAAGUGAACUGCUGCACAGUAGUGGUUCCAUCAGAGGCCUUUGUGGAGCUCCUUGUGACUCUGUCCACUGGAACAGAGAGAGACCUCAGUUUAAAUAUGUAGAUGUAUGCAAUUAAUUUAAAACAGCUUCACUGCAAUAUAGACUCAUAACCUCAUGAAUGAAGUGUUCAGGUGAGGUCAGAGUCCCCUGCCAACAGAUGAAGGCGCACGCUGGAGAGAGCCUUAAUGUUCACACUGUACUGUAAUGCUUUCAUCUUUAGCAUCAUGAGGUAAAAUAAGGAUUGGAGUAUUUGCUUCUGACAGAAAUGCUUUGACAAUUUGUUGGCCAAACUUAAAUUUUUUUGUGCAAUAAUUGAUGCUUUAUUUAAUUAGCAAUGGCUUACCGAUGUUAAAUAUUUGUCCUACGUGUCAGAGUUUGGUAGUACAGCCUGCUUUUGCUGCUGUAGGGAGGUAAGGUCAACUCAGUCCAACAGAAGGACCAAAGCAUUGCUUACCAGUGCCUUGUGUGUUUGAUACUGAGAAAUGUGUUACUGUCACAUCAAGGGUGUUUAAUAGACCUGAUUAAUGUUUGUGGAUAUCAGAGAGGGAGAUUUGUGAGAGGAAGUUAGUUUCACCUGCUCUUAUUCUUUUAGUUUACUCAGUGUUGCACAUCUAGUAUGGAAGUUAAUUUCCAUUUCUGUUCUGAAGUUCUGCAUCUUUGGAAGAUUCAGAACUGUACCUUUGAUGCUUUAGUGACACACACACAUUCCUUUAAAAAGCAUCAGACUUUUUUUUUUUUUUUUUGCCAAAUGUCAUUUCAUGAAUGGGCGUAUUUACACCUAUUGUUGUACUUAACACAUUGAAACUGGAAUCUUGAUACAAAAAAGCAUUUAGUAAAGAUACUGUUAAAAUUGAUACUGUAUUUCAAUCCCUAUUGGAAAAUGGGAACAUCCAAUAUUAGGAUCUAUUUUUGUAUUUCACUGUCAAUACUCACUGUCAGUAUUUUGCCAACUGGAAAUAACAAGGAAGUUUAUCUGUUGUGAUCUGCUUUUCAAGCUAUUAAAAUUCCAUUUCUGAA